GGUUGUCCAUGUAUCUCUCACGGCCACACUUUUUUCUCCUAAGCAUGCUAUUUAACCGGACAAUGGCCAGAACUCCAUCCAGAAACCAUCAUCUCCUCAUCAACAACCUCCUUCUCAACCCGUCAUACGUACCUUGUGGAAGUAGUCUCAAGAAAGAAUGGCGCUGAAUACUAGGAAUGCAAUCGUUGCCGUUCUCCUCCUCGUCGUGAUGGUCGUGGCGGUCUCAACACCAGCAGUAACUGCCCAAGAGGACUGCUGGGACAAAUGUUUCAAGGACUGCAAGGCAAAAAUGGCAAUGGAAGUGUGCAACCAAAAGUGCAUUGACUUUUGCAAGUAUCAAGCUGGAGCCGGAGAAUAUGUUAAGAUGGCUGGCGAUAAACUCAAGGAGGCCAAAACUGCCUCUCCAGAACAGGCCACUAAACUCAAGAAUGAAGCUACCACCUACUUAGAACGUGCCAAAGUCCUCAGCGAUAAAGCCGUGACCCCGUGAGUGUGAGUGCGCGCUCUUUUGUCUAUCGGUGUCGCUGCUGUUAUGGUGUCUAUGGAUGUUUUAUUUAUUUACUAUUAAAUUGUCGCGGUUGCAUCCCAUAUUUUUUGGUUUCUUUCAUUUUUGUCUCUUUGUUAACAGACCGUCUUUUGUAUUAUGACGACAUGCUUGUUCCAGUGACUCCCUUUCUCUGUUUUUAUUGUCGAGAUUACUCAUGUAUAAUGGUUUUCCAUUGAUUUGGAUACAUAAUAAUAAAGAUUCUUGCUUCCUUUUUAA